AUGGAGCGCAAGCUCUCUCAUAAAGCUUCGCAAAUGCGCCAAUUAUUCACCCGGAACCAACGAGGCCGUGCAGCAACAAUGAACUCCCCCACACCAACACCUAGCACCUCCAGCAGCCGCUCCCGCUCAGCCACCACCCCAGUCUCGUCUCACCCUGAACUUCUGUCAGACACAGACCCAACCCGAUAUUACCAUUUCACAGACGAACCGGGCUAUUUCACUCCCGCGGAACUAUUAAUCGACCGACAACUUAUCGCAGAGGAUCUGGAGGACGACAUGAAGCAUGCGUGUAGUCUACUAGUCGAAAGCAUCGAACGCGGACUCCCAAUCUGGCCAGCCCAACAAGAUAGCCUGGUCCAAGCUUCACAUGAAACACCAAUGAUCCAAGACAUGACCCAGCUCUCACUAUCCCCCGUCGCAAUCGACAACAACGUCCCAAACCCAGAAUGCGAUUUCCGAUUCAGUGAUACAACCAAAUCCGCCAAGACAUACCACAACAGCUUCUCCGCCAUAAGCGCUUCAGGAGGAAGUCGUUUCUACGGCCGACGAUUGUCAAGCCCACCGCCAGAAGAAGAGGAAUUCGAAAGAGGUCGUCCCCGUGGCCGUAGCAUCUUAACCUACACUACAUCCCCUCGCUCCAGAUCUCGAUCUCGCUCUUCAAGCCCAGGCUUCUUCCCAUACAGCCCACCACAAUUCGAAACACAUUGGGAACGUGAUACUACGCAGAUCGUCGAAUCCUCCGACUUCCCCGAAUCAGAUGCCUUCUUAGGCGCAGAAGGCAUUAACUGGCUACGCGCAAGUCUGGAUCUCCACAACUGGAACACCACAGCGCAACCGACACGCAACUUUUUGACAUCCGCUCCCAACACGGCCGUUGAUUCCGGUCCCGCGCCCCGUCGCUUCUACAGUACUCGACAGAAACCAGCUGCUAAAGCAAAAUGGGACGGGCUCGACGCUCAUGAAAGUCGGGAAUCGGGUAUUUAUCGUGGUCUCUCCAUGAACAAUCUCUCCAUUGAUCCUGAGAAACAUGCGAGCGAUUUCUCCUACCCCGUUUGGACCGAGAGUGGUCAUUCGCCUGAUGCUGUUGGGAAUACUUUGACUUUUUACGAUAUUAUGCCUGAUGCUCCUGCGAGACAUCGGCGGAAACGGGCGUCGGAGUUACUGAAGAAGUUAACUGGGUUGGGGACUAGGAGGAAGGAGUCUGGGAUGGCGGAGAGUCGGAAGGCUGUGCCAGAAAUGGCGUGA